AUGAUACUCCGACUCCUGGCGCUAGGGUUUACACUGCUGGCAGCGGCAGUGAGCGUUCCGCCCCACUCGCCGAUGCUGGAAUUCUGGCCGCGGGGUGCGUGGACGCUCUCGGAAUCGGGUAACAGCACCGUCGCCACCGCCAACUCGUCCACGCCAGUAGGGAUGGCGUUCACAUUCGUUGGAUCCGCAUUCACUGUUGACGCGUUAUGGGACGUUGUAUCCAGCGCCAACGUCACCGUCGACGGAGUUGCGAUGCCAGUCCCAGUCAACCUCUCCUCACCCAUGGAGGGCAAGCUGGUGGCCGGGUUGCACUCGGUCAAUGUGAGCGUCGUGGGUGGCGUGCGCAUGGCCGGUGUUACGUUGGAUGGGCCGACAGAUCUCACGCAAGUAGAUUUCACGUUGGAUGGGGAACUUGCCGUCGUUGACGGGCUGACCCUCGGUGGGGAGUGGGUCGUCGCAAACGGCGCGCUUGCGCCGUACGCAUUGGCCGAGGGUCAGGGGAAAACGUACAUCGCCAUUGAGUUACCCGAGAACACAGUCGCCUUCGAGCUGCGUGGUCUCGUCGCCCCAGGUGCUGGCAACUUCACAAUCGACAUUUACCCAUCUAAGAGACCCACGUUUGAGGGGAAUACAGAUUCCGAGGUCACCGACCACACGACGCUGCUCUACACUGUGACGCUGGAUCGUCACGAACGGUACACCGUCAACAUCUCCCCAACCGCAGGUGCUAUUUACCUUGGCAGCUGGGGAUAUGCGCUGGACUGGUGA